AUGGCCAGCAAAUGGAAGAAGGAAAAGAGUCCGUCCCGAGCACACCUGGCGACAGACUUUCCUCAAGGACUUGGAGGCCCAUAUAUCAUCAUAAUGCAUCCUCUAAAGCCGAGAAUGACGACCUACACGGCAUGUUUUGUCCUUUGUUUUAUCUGGAUCCUGUCUCUUACAAUCGUCAUUCCCACAGCCCUUUAUUCUGGAACCCACAAUUACUAUUUCAACAUCGGCGGCGAAAACAUCCACAUCACGCAGUGCAGCGAGCGCUGGCCAAACAGCAAGGCGAUGAAAGCUUACACCCUUGUCCUAGUCUUUGGUGAGUUCCUUCUGCCACUUACAAUCAUGUCAGUAACGUACUUCUUGAUCGCUCGCAAGCUCUGGUUUCGUCAUGUCCCCGGUGGACAUGCCACUGAGCAACAAGAAAUGGCUGCUGAAUCAUCCAAACGGCGUACCAUCCGCCUUCUGAUAAUCGUGGUGGCGCUUUUCGCGUUUUGCUGGGCACCUUAUCACAUGUUCGCCAUCCUACGUGAUAUCGUCUUCCCCAGCUACCAGGAUUCACACAUGAGCCUGUUCCUCACCGUCUUCUACUUGGUAGAGGCCUUGGCCAUGAGUAACAGUAUGUUCAACACCCUUAUCUAUGUGGUAUUCAACGCUAACGUCCGCAAGUACGUUCUGCAGAUCCCCGAUUCGUGUCGACGCCUCAAACCAAGCGACAAAGCCACGGUACGUUAUUGGCACCCGCUGGCGACACGUACAAGUUCCCACUGCAUGCGAAGUUCGGUGAGGUCGAGUCAACUCCGCACCAACACUACUAGCAUCUCCACUCGGCUCACCAUUAACCUGAACCGACCUUGUUCAUCAGGUCCUCAGAAUGCUGCAGUGCAUGAUCUUAAAUGCUGAUGAUGUUCCGACCGACGUCAGCAUGUUCGUCAGGUCAUCAGAGUGAU